GAAUAUUCAUCUCCCUUCAGUGAGACAACCAAAGAUACACAAUAAUGAAAAGCAUGACGAUGYCUUUCACAGACAGUAUGUCUUUUGACAAAAUGCUCAGAGGUAACACUUUUGGCAACCCCGAUAGAGUCACCAGCAGCAACCGCGUUCCCUUUGACGAUGACGAUGACUGUUACGACAGYGAUGACCUAAGUAGAAUUAGCGUGUCCUCCGAGGAAAAGAACGCCAUUGCGGAACCACCAGCCCAUAUAACGGUUGAAGAUUCCCUCUCGCAAGAGAUGAUGAAACUAUCCACCAAUGAUCGUCAGGUCGUUGAAGAAGAGGUUCACGGUGUCCAUUGCAUGUGCAAUUUCAAYGAAACCCCCCAGUUUCUGAGGCAGAAGUUGCGUGAAUUUGACAUUGAACUCAGUGCUGUCAAGAAUUCCGAUAGACGGCGCAGGAGGCAAGCACGUAUUCGAAAGACUCGAGAGAGCAAGAAAAGCGGAGGUGAAAAUAAAACGUACACUCGCGAUGAAGACUAUGACGUCCUGAAGAAUGUGAUUGAAAUCAGAGACUACUUAGAAGUGAUAGAUGAAGAAGAGGCAACUUCUUUCACGACGGAAAAGGCGCCAUCUCGGUCAACUUCUUCUUCUUCCGUCACCACAGCCUUUCCGGAUGGCAGUGAUGUCGAUGAAUGCGAAGUUAAAAAGAGAUCCUGUUGGGUCAACGAUCCCGAUGUUCGUCUUCGGUUUUUGCGUUGCGAACUUUUUGAAGUAAAAAAGUCCGUUAGGCGUUUUGUUACGUUUYUGGAUUUCGCCCAGGAACUCUACGGAGACUUCGUUGCGGACCGGCCCAUGCUCAUCUCGGACGUGAAUACAAGAGGGGAAAAGCGAGCUAUGGCCAGGAUUCAAUUUCGCAUCUUACCCUUUCGAGAUCGGUCCGGGCGAAGGGUCUUUGUUUCUAUGGGUUCCUGUGGAUAUGAUGUGGAACCGAAACUGAGGAUUAAGAUUCUCUGGUACAUGUAUUGGAUCGCCAGCGAAGACUUGGAAACCCAACGAAAGGGCCUAGUCAUUGUUGGUUGGCCAUGUGACGAAAUCAUCAACGGCGCUGGCAACACUAACAAUCCUUAUUUCGGUAUGGCUGAAGAUGAUGGGAAAAACAGCGAUGCAAGCACAAUUUCGUCACUCGACGAUGAUAAUAGCGUGUGGGAACGAUCACUACGACCCAACAUAGCAAAUUUGGAGGGAAUCUAUCAAGCAAAAGCUAUAGAAGGCCUUCCGAUUCGAAUAACAGCCAUUCACUUUUGCUGUCAGAAUCGUCCGGUCUACCGAAUCUUGAAUUCAUUGUUCUAUUUUGCUUUGAAUUCUAACUACAAAUCGAGGUACAAGGUUCACAUAGGUGCGUCAUAUAGGUAUUAAGGUGUGAUGUGUGUGUGUGUGGUCAGUGCGAUUGCCUUCUAUCGUUUUCAACUGGAGCGACACUCAAAGACAUCUGUUUUAUGUUGUUUGCAAUCAAUGYGAUCGUUACCAAUAUUCCUUCUCUUGCCUUUCUACUCGAAUGCAUAUCUUUUCACUAUAGGAGAACCAAUUGAAAUUAGGUACAAGCUUCAAGGGUAUGGAAUACCGGUAGAUUCAUUGCCGGUGACGCACACGAUGACACUGAAGCGUCAAAGUCAUUUACAGUGGAUUAAUUUCCGAAAAUACGUGGAACAAGGUAUAAAUGGCAACGCAAAGAAGAAGAAUUCUGAUAAACCACCUUUGCUCCUCGACCCAAAUGACAUAAUCGAUUGUCCUAGAUCRUACGAUGUUAUUAUCGGUAAAGCCAAGUACACUAACAAUCCAGGAAACGUCUUUUACAGAAGCUUAAUUGAAGCGACACACGAUGAACACAUUUCUUUGACCAAACGACAGAAGGUCGAUAUGACGUGGAGAAUCGUCCGGCAAAUGGARGAAAUGAACGGUCGGUUUUUAGAGAUGAACAAARAACUGAAGGUGUGGGUGCACAUCAAGGAUCGAAACGUCAUGAGGCAAAAGGUUGCGCAAUCCUACAARGAAUAUAAACGCAAUACGCAAGUCCUUCGAAGUAAGAGACAAAAAGAACAUCAAACAAAGAUAGCGAACAGUGAGAAACGCCAAAGGACAGAGGUUCCUUUCAUACCAGAAUUCGCUGUCGCUGGCACCGACUGUUUUGCGGGAUGUAUGUCGCCUUCCAUUAGCAGUAUAGAAGAUGAUUUUGCCCUUCCUUCUCACACGAGUUCGUCGAUGUUUACUGGCAUGUAAAAUGCUUGGACUUCUUGGUAUUUGCACAACGAGCAAUACAAUAUAAACACCACUUGACU